AUGGCGGGCGGUCAAGCGGAAGAUCUGGACAGACGUUAUGAUGGAAUAGAAACGGGAGGCAGUGUAGCGCUGUCAAGCCCUAUCGUGACGUCUGGCUAUCCUGAGCGCCAAGAGUACAAGGAUUGCCUUGACCCUGCACUUGACUAUAUACCUGAACAUUUGAAUGUGGACAUUGCCAUUGCGCAUGACGAAGACCUUCACCUAUUACCGGAGCCCGACAGAGAUGGCCCUGUCGUUCACAUCAAUGAUGGGUUCGGACCAUUGCAAGGUCCGUUGGCCGAUCCUGUCGGGCAUAAGACAUCCGAAGCGGCGCAGGAUCCGCUGUACGAGGGGCCCUUCUUGUCGGUACCGGCUCCCACGAUCACCGAGGAUCUAUCCGAAGCUCAAUACGGCGACUUUCCUCCUCUGAUACAUCCCUGCGACGCUCGAUAUGCGACGGAGUUAGCGCUCACUGGGGCAAUGUUGGCGCAGCAACUGUCGCAGGGGAUGCCCUCACGUGAAGAGGCGGAUAUAAGUCCACAGCACAGACUACAUGCCACGUCAGCAUGGGGCUUUCCCGAGGACCCUCUGAAUACAACCACUCUCCAUCCUUCGCCUUCGGAAUUCACGCUCUUCCUCGUCCACGUCGAAUGA